GAUGCCGCUCUAUAAAUAAGACCCCGCGGCCUGGCUAUCUCAUUUUCUUCCGGCCUCCUCUUCCUCGCGCGGCGACACUCCCCCACCGAUUUGAAGCGUGCGGAGCGAGCGAAGCAGCGGCGGGACAGAUGGCUCGUACCAAGCAGACUGCUCGCAAGUCCACGGGAGGGAAGGCUCCCAGGAAGCAGCUUGCAACCAAGGCUGCUCGUAAGUCGGCCCCCACCACUGGAGGAGUGAAGAAGCCUCACCGCUACCGCCCUGGAACUGUUGCCCUCCGUGAGAUCCGGAAGUACCAGAAGAGCACUGAGCUGCUGAUCAGGAAGCUGCCCUUCCAGAGGCUUGUCAGGGAAAUUGCACAGGACUUCAAGACUGAUCUGCGUUUCCAGAGCCAUGCCGUGCUUGCCCUCCAGGAGGCUGCUGAGGCAUACCUUGUUGGGCUGUUUGAGGACACCAACCUGUGCGCCAUCCAUGCUAAGCGUGUGACCAUCAUGCCCAAGGACAUUCAGCUGGCAAGGAGGAUCCGUGGCGAGAGGGCCUAAUCCCCCCCUCAAAUCAUUGUGACAAAAAUGAAGUCUUGUGUCGUAGCAAUGAAUUUAAUCUGGUGCCGUUGUAAGGACAUAUGAGUAGGGUUUGUUUUGUGGAUCAUAAGUUUCUCUACUGCCGCACUAUGUGUUGCUGCUACCUUUGCUGGUGUUAUUACUAGUGUCGAAUGCUUAAAUUGUCUAGUCAUGUAAUGCGCUGACAGUCUGUGACGUGUAUGCGAUGUAGGCACUGACUAGUAGUGUUGUCUGCGCUGCUGGAUCUUGCGCCUCAUUGCUGUGGCUGAUUUGUUCGUUAAUGUCAAGAAUUGUGUUACAGUGAGUGUAUA